CUGGCCAGUCUCGCGACAACUGGGAGGAGCGUGCCGCUGCUCUGGCUACAGGACUCCUCAGGUGGUGGCGCUGGCAGUCGGGCUACGGAGGCCGGGUUACCAGAUUACGGGAAAGUAUUUAAGAAGCUUAUGGUAUAAUAUGCAUCAAAGUAAUAUAAGAUCUGCAGGAAGUCCCUCAAGAUAGCUGGAAAAGAAGAAUUUCUAGACUCUUCAUCAAUAUCUUUAUUUACCCAGUUAAAUCCAAGGCUCCUGUGGUAAAAUCAUGAAUAAAAAUACAUCUGCUGUGGUAUCAUCCAAUCUACUUGAAAAGGAUCCUGCCUUUCAGAUGAUUACAGUUACCAAGGAAACAGGCCUUGGUCUGAAGAUCCUAGGAGGAAUUAACCGGAAUGAAGGUCCCUUGGUAUAUAUUCAGGAAAUCAUUCCUGGAGGAGACUGUUAUAAGGAUGGACGUUUGAAGCCAGGAGAUCAACUUGUCUCAAUAAACAAGGAAUCUAUGAUUGGUGUAUCCUUUGAAGAAGCAAAAAGCAUAAUUACCAGAGCCAAGUUGAGGUCAGAAUCUGUUUGGGAGAUAGCAUUCAUAAGACAAAAAUCUGAUGGCAGUCAUCCAGGAAAUCCAUCUUGUACAUCUCUUUUACAAGCUUCAGGAGAAUAUGGACCUCAAGUCUCGACAUUUAGCCUUCUUCCAUCUCCCCCUGAAACACUAAUUCCAAAGACCUCAUCUACUCCCCAAACUACAGAUACCAUUUUACCUUCUUUUAGGAUAAAUCAGAUGAAAACUGGAUACAAGAAAACAGAACAGACUCCAAUUACUUCUUCGGGAAACAGCCCUACGGAUAUGUCUAAUACAGAUAUUGCCCCUGCAUGGACUGAUAAUUAUGGACCACAAGGAAAGAAGAUUUCCCUAAAUCCCUCUGUUCGCCUCAAGGCAGAGAAACUGGAAAUGGCUCUAGAUUAUCUUGGAAUUCAUCCCACAAAGGAACAGCAUCAAGCCCUGAGACAGCAAGUGCAAGUAGACCCAAAGGGGACAGUGUCUUUUGGAGAUUUUGUCCAGGUUGCCAGAAACUUGUUUUGCUUGAAGCUGGACGAAGUGAAUGUCAGUGCACGUGAAAUUUCCAGCGUAUUAGAUUCACAGCUUCUUCCCUGUGAUUCCUUAGAGGCAGAUGAAAUAGAAAGGCUUAAGCGUGAAAGAAAUGAUGCCUUAGAGGAAGUGAAUACGCUCAAGGAAAAGUUAUUUGAAUCAGAAAGGCAAAAGAAACAAUUGGCAGAAGAACUCCAGAAUGUGAAACAAGAAGCCAAAGCUGUGGUUGAAGAAACCAGAGCCCUGCGAAGUCGCAUCCACCUUGCCGAGGCUGCACAGCGCCAGGCACACGGGAUGGAAAUGGACUAUGAAGAAGUGAUCCAUCUGUUAGAGGCCGAGAUCACAGAUCUAAAGGCUCAGCUUGCUGAUUAUUCGGACCACAAUAAAGAAAGUAUUCAGGAGUUAAAAAAGAGAAUUACAGUACUCGACUGCCAAUUGCGAAAAUCAGAAAUGGCUCGAAAAACUUUUGAGGCAUCCACUGAAAAGCUUCUUCAUUUUGUAGAGACUAUUCAAGAAUUAUUGUCUGAUAAUACUUCUCCUUUAUCAAAUUUAAGUGAAAGAAGAGCCAUGUUAGCUUCUCAGACUUCUCUUACACCACUGGGAAGGAAUGGACGUAACAUCCCAGCAACGCUGGCUCUUGAAUCUAAGGAGCUCGUUAAAUCUGUUCGGGCCAUACUUGACAUGGAUUAUCUACCUUAUGGGUGGGAGGAAGCUUACACAGCAGAUGGAAUCAAGUACUUCAUCAAUCAUGUAACACAGACGACAUCCUGGAUCCAUCCCGUGAUGAGUGCCCUGAACCUCUCCUACUCAGAGGAGAAUGAAGAGGAUUGUUCCAGAGGACUUCCCGAUCAUAAGAGCUGAUGGUCUUCUGUAGGAAGCUGAGCUCCAUGGUCUUCUAACAUCUCAUUCUACGUGGAUGACCCCCAACAUGCAACGGUCUAAAAUAGGAGCAAAACAUACCCUACUUUCUGAAGUUGUGAAAUAGAGACCUGGA